AGACCUCACUCCGUUCCGCUCAUGCGCCGACGCUAAUCUUCUUGGCCUGAUGGCUGAUAGAGCUCUCAUGCCUAUUUCUACCUUCCUGAGUUGUUGACUGAUGGAUCUCUCAUGUCUACUCUAGGAGCAAUCGCCAGAUUGAAUGAUCCGAUUUCAUUUUGACAUUUGCCGAAGAACGCUUCUCGAUUCAGAAACGGGCGGCACGGCAAGUGAUCCAAAUAUGGAGGUAUUAGUACUUGCCAUUUCUUGGUGCAUACAUUGGUAGAAGAUUGACAGAAAUGCAUAAGCUUGCUGAUAAAUUGCUUUUCGAAUCAUUGCUUUCAUAUAUAAACAUGCAGCUUAUGCAUGAAAGCAAUGAUUCGAAAAGCAAUUUAUCAGCAAGCUUAUGUUUGUAUGUGGGUCUAAAAGAAUGCUCACCAUCCAGUACUCCAGUGUGCCAGAAGAGUUGAUCGUUGAGUAGCGUGUAUAAAUCGAGGAAGAUGAAGUGAACGUCUAAGAGCCUUGGCACUGAGCUACCUACUACCUAGCUGUGAGGAUGGGGUGAGAGCACGACCGCACAAGUGGAGAGGCACAUGAAAAUGGAAGGUGGUAGAUAUUCAGUUGAUUUGGGUAACCUCCAACGCAAUCGAAGGAACGAGAUUGGGAGGAAGAAAUCCCGGAAAGGUAAAGAACUUGCCGGUUCUUCAUCUCAAAGCCGAGAUGAUUUUGAAACGGGUUACCAAAGGCGAGAUGGAGAUGCGAUGUCCGAAGAACAACUCCAACAAGAAUUGGCCCGACAUAAUAACCGCUUUCUACAACAACAACAAAUGCCGACGACCAUUGACGAAGAGGAGCUUGAGGAUGAAGAUGCGGAGGAAUUGGAACCGGAGACGGCCGAGGAGGAGGGUGCCGGCAGCCACGACGCCGACGAGCCUGCCUCAUCCCAAACCGCCACCGGUAAUAAAAAAAGUAAGUCUGAACUAAUGAAAAAUAAUUUUGAUAAAUGGAAGGACCCACAAACCGACUAUUGGCACGCAACUUGCAAGUGGUGCAACAACAAUUAUAGUUUGGGAACCUCCGGCGGAUACGGAUCCGUCGCAAGGCAUCUUAAGGCAAAGCACCCCGUGGAGUAUGCAAAAUUAGGCGGCGGAACGGGGAAGCAAACUCAAAUAUCGAGGUUUGCGGAUUCUCAACCUUUUGGUAAUUUCUCCUACAAUGAUGCACAAAAUUUGACUGGUAUGGCUAACUUAAUUUGUGAAGAAAAUUUGCCUUAUUUGUUUUCUGAAAGUCUUGUUUUAAGAGAUUAUGCACAAGGUAGUUUAAAUCCUCAAUUUAGAAAUUAUAGUCGCAAAACUGUUAAGAAAGAAAUAAUAAGGCUUUAUAAUGCGGAAAAGGCAAGGUUACAAAAUUUUUUUGCAAGCUUUGAUGGGCGUGUUACUAUUUGUUCUGACAUAUGGGAGGAUGAUUUUCAUCAUUUAUAUUAUUUGGGUCUGACUGCACAUUAUAUUGAUGAGGAUUGGAAUAUGCAUAAACGUGUUCUUGCUUUUUGUGAAUUUAAUGAUCGUCACACCGCUGAACAUAUUUAUAUUUUGAUUGAGCGUAUUUUAAUUGAGUAUAAUUUGAUUGAUAAGGUGUUUGCUAUUGGUUUCGAUAAUGCUACUAAUAAUACUGCUGCUAUACCUAGAUUGCGUGAGUUGUGUGGUGCCAAUACUUUGAUGGGUAGAUUUUUUCAUCAACGGUGUGCAUGCCAUGUUAUAAAUUUAUGUGUGCAAGACGGUUUAAAAGCGUUAGGAGAUUCCAUGGAGGUAAUCAAGGGGGGGAUUAGACGUAUUUGGGGUAAUGGUCAACUUAGAUUAAAAUGGCAAACUUAUUUGACUGAAAGAGGUGUGAGAUAUGUUGCUUUUCCUAAAGAUUUGAGUAUUCGUUGGAAUAGUACUUAUAAAUUAUUUAAAGUUGUUCUUAGAUAUAAAGAACAUUUUCCUGCUUUUUUAAAAGAACAUGAUAACUAUAUUAUUAACGCGGCUGAGAUCGACACUUGCGAAAAAAUUUUUAAUGUUUUGAUAUAUUUUUUUAAUGCUACUCAAACUUUUAGUCAUGUUUAUAAACCUACCGCAAAUCAAUUUAUUCCACAAGCUGUUAAUCUCGCCGAUGCUUUUAAAGAAUUUCAAAAUGCCGUUUUCGUUCAUUAUUUUUGUGAUUCUAUGAAGGAAAAGUUUUUAAAAUAUUAUGCGCAUAUUCCCCAUAUUUAUGGUAUUGCAUUUAUUCUCGAUCCUCGUUAUAGACUUGCUAAUUUGGAAGAUUGUUUCAACUUCUAUUAUCUUGCGUUUUUUGGUGAAUUUCCAAUGUAUGACGAUAACCCCAUAGAUCCGAAAACGGAAUACAACGAGGUUAGUACUUUAUUUUAUGCCUUAUUUAAUGAGUUUCGUGCACAAUAUAGCAACGCCCCCCCCUCCCCCGUCACGAACAUCUUCAUCUAAAGGAAAAUCGAUUUUUAAAGGGAAAACUAUCAAAUAAGCCCCCGUACUAUGUUGAAAAAGUCGAUUAGGCCCUCGUACUUUACAAACACUCAAUUAAGUCCUCGAACUAUUUAAAAACGUUCAAUUAAGCCCUUUUGGUCGGUAAGUAAUCGGUUUCCCGGUUAAACGGCGACGAUGUGCUCGAACUCCAGCAACGGCGGCUGCCGGGAAACGGAUUACAUUUAACCGGGAAACCGGUUACUUACCGACCAAAAGGGCUUAAUUGAACGUUUUUUAAUAGUUCGAGGACUUAAUUGAGUGUUUGUAAAGUACGAGGGUCUAAUUGACUUUUCGGUAUAGUACGGGGGCUUAUUUGAUAGUUUUCCCAUUUUUAAAUCUGCAUUUGGCAAUCUUAUGAAAAAAUAAAAAUAACUCACGUCACUGAACAAAGUGCAUUGAAUGAGAUUACUUUGUAUUUAACAUAUGAAGUUGAUUUUGAAGAAAAUGAUGACUUUGACGUUCUAGACUGGUGGAAGUCAAAAGAAAGAACGUUCCCGAUUUUAGCACGAUGGCUAAGCAAGUACUAUCAAUGCCGAUUUCAACAGUUGCUGUGGAACAAGAAUUUAGUUCGGCCGGCAACGUCCUAACGGCAUCUAGAUCGAGAUUGAGCGCGGAGUCUCUUGAGACGCUUAUAUGCUACCACGAUUGGUUGAAGGCCGCACGUAGAACUCAAGAAAUGAGCAUCACCCCCUCCCAAGAUUUUAUGGAUGACUCAACUACCGAUGGUGGCUCUACCUGUGCCGGAGAUUCCGAUUGAUUAGUAUUUUAGAAUUUAUUAUAAAAUGUAUUUUAU